UUGCAAAUGGCGGUGUGGCCAGAAUGAAAAGUGAACGAUAAAUACCACUUAUUAUACCCAUGCCCCCGAAGAAAAGAAGAGCUGCUAAGAGCAGUUUGAAUUAUGAUAGUUUGAUUCAUUAUUUGAAGUAUGAGGCAUAUCCCCCAGAAGUCAACUCUGAUCGAGAAAAACGAAAUAUCCGGAAGCGUGCAAAGUCGUUCCGCCUGGAACAGCUUCCUAGUGGAGAUAAACUUUAUUUCACAUACACAUAUUCAGACGAAGAAAAUACACAACACACAAAGGAAGUAAUAUAUAAAAUUGAAGAUCAGCAAAGAGCUUUUGACGAAUUUCAUAUAAAUUCUAAAGGUGUCCACAUUGGUCGUGAGAAAUUACUCACCUUGAUAACAGAAAAAUAUUACUGGCAGGGAAUAUGUAUCAAGAUUCGAGAAUUCCUCAGAGCAUGCAAAGAAUGCCAUCAAAAGGUAGAGGCACAAGUUACAAAGAAGAAACUCAUGGAAGAAAAUAUACAAACAGAAGGAUAUGUUGCUGUAAAGAUCGAGGAUGAUCAGGAUGAUGAAGAAGUAAUGGAAGCUGAAGAUUUAUCUGGUGUAUCACUAAGUGAUAUAUGGACAUCAUCUGAACAACAGUCAUUACAAUCUCAGCAUUUCUGGGAUAUUGUUGAAGUAAAGAUGUUAGGACCAUAUCUUUGUAAUGGAAGAAAGAAACAUGUUAUGGUAUUUAUGGAUGUAUUUUCCUUAUGGCCAGAGGCAGCUAUUGUGGAAACAAUGUCCUCCACUGUUGUAACACAUGUUCUGAUCAAUCUGAUAUGUAGAUUUGGAGUGAUGAACAAAUUGUUAAUGGGAGCUGAUCAAACUGAUACAAAUAUUUUGAUGUUACCUAGGACAGAUAUUCUUAUAGCUUCUGACAUAGAUAUAAAGAUACUGCACAGAGCCUCUCCACAAACAGCUGAAGCAUGGCAUGAAAUAGAAGAAACCAUGAAUCAGUUUGUUGCCAAUAAUUCUGACUGGACAAAUUGUCUGCCCUUUGCUCUACUGCCACACAGAAUAUCUCGUGGAAGAAACACUGAAUACUCUCCAGCUUAUCUGACAUACAGCAGAGAAUUAAAUCUUCCAACUCUACUGACACAUCAACCCACAGCAGAAUAUCUUCAAACAAGUGAUGGAUAUAUUCCUAUUGACAAAAAGUUACAAACCCUAAAAUCAUUAAUGACUGUUUACAAAGGAUAUUGUGGUGAUGAUAAUGUUUCUCAGGAUUCUGAUGCAUUUAAAGGUCCAUAUAUGAAUAUGCCUCGAAAAAAGGUUUCUUCAGGUCAUGUUAAAACCAUGCCUCCAUCUAUUAGUUUAAGUAGUCAAGAAGUGUCUCCAACAACUUCAUCUCAGAUAAGUCAUGUGGGUAUUGAUACAUCUGUGAUGUGUGAUGAAGAUGAUAAAAGCACAGACGACAAAAAUGUCAAACCGAAAAUAGAAAAUAACGAGGACCAGGAAACUUCAGUGAAUCCCCCACUAAGAAGGAAAAGAUGGUCAAAAACUCAUAGAACCAGAAUGGAUAACAGCAGUAAUAAUAGUGAUGAUCUAAGUAUAGAGGAAAUACAGAGCUAUGAAAAACUUCUAAAAGUCGAUGAAAAUAUCAAUGCUGAUAAAUUAAUGGUUUCAGGAGAAGUUGAUGCAUAUUAUGACGAUGUGAUAUUGUAUCUUAAACAUAAAAGAUAUGGAGUAGGUGUUGUAAAUGAUCACAUGAAAAGGAAUAUAAGAAAGAUGUCUGAGAGUCAUUACUUAGAAGGGGAUAUGCUGUACCACAAAUGGAAGACAACCAGUAGGAUUAUACCUCUCAGAUUUGAUGAAAGAUAUUAUAUUAUGGAAAAUUACCAUAUUGAUAACAAAGGAAGACAUUUAGGAUUCAGACAAAUGUACGAGAGACUGAAUAAGUUCCACUGGAAGAGUAUGGCUGUAGAUUGUGAAGCUUAUGUUAGGACUUGUGUUACUUGUAACCAGAUGAAAAGUGUUAACAAUGAGAGUCUAUUUGAGUAUUCUUAUGAUGUGACUGAUGAGGAGAGAGCCAAGCUUGCUGAAGAAAACUACAGUUUGUUGGUUAAGUAUCUACAGAAAGGAAAGAUUUUACAGUCUGUUCAACCAAACAAAGCUAGACUGAUAACAUUACUGGCCAACUGGUUCAUUAUCAACAAUGGCCAGUUAUACUACAGGAGACCAGAUAGAGAUUUUAAUGUGUGUCUUGAGAUAGCAGCUAGAGCCAAGAAAAAUGCCAUUAGGAAUGUUCAUGUUAUUGCAGAACGUGGAAAUCAUUUAAAUCAACUUGACACAUUACAAAUGUUAAGCGAAGGAUAUAUAUGGAAUGGCAUGAAGGAAAACUGUGAAGAUUUUGUACACUCUUGUUGUAAUCUUCCAAAACCAGCAAACGUCAAAAGAAAUGCUGCAUUAAAAAAAUAUGAUCUUCUACAAAGGGUUUCAUUGUACAAGAAGAUAAGAGUUAUGCAAGAUGAUCCAAAGAUGACGCAAAAAACUAAGCAGCAUAAGUCAAUUGCAUUAUAUAGAUAUCAAAACAUUUUAGACGACACAGCUGAAGAUUGUUUCAGGACAGACAAUGAUCACACAGAAGUUUCUAGUGAGUUCGUAGAAAUGACAGAAAAUGACCAGCCUCAUUUUGAACAAGAGAAUGAGAUGGAGAUUGAAAAUUCCGGAUUGUGUGAAAAUACAGACGCUGAUACAUCUGUGACAAAUGAAAUUAUAAAAAAGGACGAAGAAGUAGGAGAACUGGAUGAGAUUAGCAGAAACCAGCCAUCUGUUUCUCAAGAAGAACAGACUAUGAUUUGUAAUUCUAGUGAUGUUAUUGAACAGCAUGUAGAUGAUAUUGAGCAAAUAAUAAACUGUAAACAACUAGUUGAAGAUGACCAGAAUAUUAAUCAACAGGCAGUCCUCCAUAAACAGGCAAAAAGUCAUACAGCUAGUCCACAUACAAAUUCUAGUGAAGAAAUGGGAAAUGAAGGAUCAGUGGAUAAUAUGACCUUGGAGACAUCUGAUGGUAGCCAGGACGAUGUUAUUAAACAAGAACAUAGGUAUACUUCAUCAAGGGUGGUCGAUACUAGAGAAUCUCGGAUGAUUCCACUGGAAGAAGCUCUACUUCUUUGUUCAUCUGAUAAUAACUUACAGGGCUCAGGAGAUAUACAUAUAGAUAAACAUGAAAAGCAUGAUAUAGCAGUUGAGAACAAAAUGGUAGAGAGUAGACCAACACAGACAGAGUAUCUUAGAAAUGUUUCUGAUGAGGUUACACUGUCAGCCAUCAGAUCUAUAUUACCAUCUGACGAGCAUGAUGAGGAGGAAGGAGAACUGUACGAUGAAGAAACGGAAUCAGAGAAUGAAGAAAUGACUGCAACAGCAGAAAAUGAUUCAGACUGGAAACCAAAAGAAGUCAAAUCUAAACACCAACAACAGGACACCAGUGCAAUAGUAGGCAGCAAGGACCCUGAUUUGGAUCCCAUAAAGAAGAAAUAUGAUACAACAACCAGAUUUCGUUGUAAAGAAUGUGGGAAAUGCAUUAGAGGGAUCAUAAGAUACAGAACACAUGUAUAUGAACACACAGGAAUUAAACCUUUUGAAUGUGAACAUUGUGAUAAAAGGUUCACAACUUUAAAGACAAAGAAAAUCCACAUGAUGAGACAUACUGGUGGUCAACAAUUUCUGUGUUAUUUAUGUGGAAAAGGAUUUAGUACAAGUAUCAGUUUGAAAUCCCACAUAAACAUACAUGAGAAAGGUGGAAAUAUUAUGGUGAAGUGUGAGCUGUGUCGUCGUGUUUUUAGAACCAAAAAUAGAUAUGAGAAACACAUGCAAUGUAAACAUCCUUACACACCUGAAAUAUUUAGAUGUGACGAAUGUGACAAAGAUUUUACUACAAGAAGGAGUUUGUACAGACACAACAAGUCUCAACAUGAGAAAAUUAAAACCCACAUUUGUGAGAUAUGUGGUAAAGGAUUUUAUAGGAAAGAAUAUCUGAAGCGACAUUUGGAGACACAUGAAUCUGUUAAACCAGAACAUUCAUAUAGACGAAGACCUAUCAUUGAUCUAAUACAAGAAACUAGUGUUAAAUAUGAAAUUCCUAUAUCACAGACUGAAGUACAUAUACCCCGUAGAUGUACCAUAGACUUAAUACAAGAAUCUGGUGUUAAAUAUGAAAUUCCUAUGUCACAGAAUGAAGUACAUAUACCAAAUACAGUGCAAUAUACAAACUCUGAAACAGUGAUGGAGAGUAUAACAGUACCAGGUGAAUAUACUAUACCCCUGUCUGAUUCAACUCACAUCGCCUUGCCUAGUACAACUGUGGAAAAUCAAAUGACAGUGGAAUCAAGUUAUUACAUCAGUAAUCCUGAUGAUGAGAACCAAGUAUCACAUAUGUUUGUGUAUGAGCAGCCAGCUGUUCAAUAUGAGGUAGAAUGUGGGUCAUCUGGUGAACAAAUUGACGCUGCUGAAGCUCUGACAGCUAUUAAUAUGUUGGCACAGGCUAGCAUUAAUCAAGGAUUUUGAAAUUUAAAAUCAUUAACAAAUACCUCUGUUAUUUUUUCACUAGCUUAUAGUAUUGAGAGUUAUUGAAAUCAUUAUGCUUUAAUUAAAAUAAUUAUACAAUCAG